AUGGGACCAGAAAGUGACCAGGCGCGCAGUUGGACCAGGCGCUCAAUUGGACCAGGCGCGCAGUUGGACCAGGCACGCAGUUGGACCAAGCGCGCUCUUGGACCAGGCGCGCUCUUGGACCAGGCGCGCAGUUGGACCAGGCGCACUCUUGGACCAGGCGCGCAGUUGGACCAGGCGCGCAAUUGGACCAGGCGCGGAGUUGGACGAGGCGUGCACUUGGAUCAGGCGCGCAGUUGGACCAGGCGCGCAGUUGGACCAGGCGCGCAAUUGGACAAGGCGCGCACUUGGACCAGGCGCACACUUGGACCAGGCGCGCACUUGGACCAGGCGUGCAGUUGGACCAGGACCAGGCGCGCAGCUGGACCAGGCGCGCAGCUGGACCACGCGCGCAAUUGGACCAGGCGCGCAGCUGGAGCAGGCGCGCAGCUGGACCAGGCGCGCACUUGGACCAAGCGCGCAGUUGGACCAGGCGCGCAAAUGGACCAGGUGCGAAGUUGGACCAGGCGCGCACUUGGACCAGGCGCGCACUUGGACCAGGCGCGCAGUUGUGUCAGAACAUUGUAG